AUGGAAAUAGAAGCAAAUUUAGCCUCUAAUGAAAAUGGAAGCAAUCAAGAAAAAGAAGAAGAUUCAAGAAAAGCAAAGGGUGGCCUUAUAACUACGCCUUUCAUCAUAGCAAACGAGGCGUUUGAGAAGGUGGCGAGCUACGGUUUGCUGCCCAACAUGAUAUUUUACCUAAUGAAUGAAUACAAAAUGGGAGUCACAAAAGCAACCAAUGUCAUCUUUUACUGGUCCGCAGCCACUAAUUUCACGCCACUUGUCGGCGCUUUACUCGCCGAUUCAUUCCUUGGCCGUUUCCUAACCAUCGCCCUCGGCUCCAUCUUCACUCUUCUAGGAAUGAUCCUACUAUGGCUAACCGCCGCAAUUCCACACGUAAGGCCACCGUCAUGCGAUCAAUUCACAACGCACUGCAAACCCGCCACGUCAGCACAACGCGCUCUCCUGUUCACCUCGUUCGCCCUAAUGUCGAUCGGAGCAGGCGGCAUUAGGCCAUGCUCCUUAGCAUUCGGUGCAGACCAAUUAGACAAAAAACACAACCUUAAAAACAAUACCAACACAUUAGAGAGCUACUUCGGGUGGUACUACGCUUCUGCCUCUAUUUCUGUCUUGAUAGCUCUAACGGGCAUCGUUUAUAUCCAAGAUCGGAUCGGAUGGGAAGUGGGUUUUGGAGUUCCCGCAAUUCUAAUGCUUCUCUCCACUCUCCUCUUCUUUCUUGCUUCCAAAUUGUACAUCAAGCACAAAUCUAACGAGAGCUUCUUAUUAGCCCAAUUCUUGCAAGUAGUCGUCGUUGCUUACAAGAAUCGAACCCUUUCUUUCCCCACGGACAACUCGAAUGGAUAUUAUCGCGAAAAGGGCUCGUCUUAUACUUCUCCAACAAACAAAUUAAGGUUCUUGAACAAGGCUUGCAUCAUCAAGAAUCCUCAAGAAGUAUAUUUUACUAACCGUUGGAAUCUUUGCUCGAUCGAACAAGUAGAAGAGCUAAAAGCCCUCUUAAGAGUCGCUCCGUCAUGGUCAACGGGAAUAAUGCCGGCCAUAAACAUAAGUCAAAGUUCAUUUCCUUUACUCCAAGCGAACUCCAUGGAUCGACACAUUGGCUCAUCGGCAUUUCAAAUUCCGGCGGGCUCAUUCGGAAUGUUCUCCGUCGUAACCCUAACGAUUUGGAUCGUUCUAUACGAUCGCGCGAUUAUCCCCUUCGCAUCGAGAAUCUCUGACAGGAAAAUCCACAUCGGAGCAAAAUCGAGAAUGGGGAUCGGAAUAUUCCUUUCCGGUGUAUCCAUGGCGGUUUCCGGCGCCGUCGAGUAUGUUCGGAGAAAGAAGGCGGUCGAGCAAGGGUUGGCCAUGUCGGCUUUGUGGCUCGUGCCUCAUAAUUGUUUGACGGGUUUGGCGGAGGCGUUUAGUGCAAUAGGGCAGACGGAGUUUUAUUACACGGAGUUCCCGAGGAGUAUGUCGAGCGUUGCUUCGUCGUUGUUCGGGGUUGGGAUGGCGGUGGCGAAUUUGGCGGCGAGCGUCGUGCUUAGUACGGUGGACGGCGCUACGGGCGGCGGCGGGAAAGGGAGUUGGGUUUCGAGUAAUAUUAAUGAGGGGCAUUAUGGGUAUUACUAUUGGCUUCUUGCUGGAUUGACUUUCUUGAAUUUGUUUUAUUUUUUCAUUUGCAGCUGGUUUUAUGGAGAUUGUGUUGACAGAGUUGCAGAGAAUGGUGAAGGGGUUGAAGAGAAUUUGUAUCAAUUUUCUUGAUAAAUAAUCAUGAUUUAUUGAUUAAAUAAAUAAAAUGUUAUGCUUUCACAAUAACAAUUUUCAGCACCAAAAUACAAAAA